AUGUUGUUUCUGAUAGACAAAUCCAGGACCGCUGCUCCUGGGGAUAGUGUCACACCAACUGACGAUAGCUUGAACAAUGGAUCGAAAAGUUCAGCUCGACCCGGCAACCGUGAAAUCGUCGUCGAAGACAAGAUCGAUCAGGAGAUGGCUAAAAUGGAUGGCCAAAUCAGACGGAAGCGGAACGAGCAACUGUACGUUCCUGCAGCUUUUGUUGGUAUACUCUGUUUUCAGUUCAUCUGAUGUCACCAUCCGGAAUCGGGAAAGUGCAUACAUUGUGUCCCACUUGAGCCAUUUGAUGCUGCCUACCUGGAACACUUGGAUCCGCCAGUGAAAUUUAUGUCGUUUCACGCGUAUCUGCGCAAGCUGAGUGGUGGUCAGGGCAUGGGCAAAUAUGUAACCCUGGAAAAUCUUAGCUGCAAAGUGCGGUCCGGGUGUCAAGGUCACCCACCUUGGCCCGAAGGGAUUUGUACCAAGUGUCAACCGAACCCAGUCACUUUAGAAAUCCAGCCCUAUCGUCACGUGGACUACGUGCAGUUUGAGAACGGACAGUUGAUGGAAACCUUCCUGGACUACUGGCGGCAGACUGGUGAGCAACGAAUCGGUAUCCUCUUGGGUCGUUAUGCCCAUUUCGACACCGCCGGAUCCCCUCCAUUAGCAAUCAAGGCAGUGGUUGCGGCUAUCUACGAACCACUUCAGGAGUCCACAACGCGUUCGGUUAAAUUGACAGCCCCGUUAGAUGCAUUAUUGCCUGAUCAUGUCGCUGAGGUCACCAAGAGGCUUGGUCUGCAACCGGUAGGAUGGAUUUUUACCGACCUCGUGGCUGAAGACCAGCCGGGCAAAGGGGCAGUGAAGCACUAUCGAGGCACAAUGGUGUCCAAUCAAGCCAUGGUCUUGGUUCGUGACAACAUCCUCGUGCCGACGUACGAUGCGCCGGAAUUCGGCUACAUUCGGGAAACCACCAAAGACCAAUUUGUCCCGGAAGUUUUCUACACA